CACGUACUCACACACUCACACAGAGUGAUAAAGCCAAAAAACCAUUCUUCUCCUUCCUUCUUUCUUCUUCUUCUUCUUCUUCUUUGGAGAUCGAAAUUGGCGCGCCCCUUCACUUUCUCUCUCACACACUCACACACUAGUUCAUCUUCAUCUCUCUGUCCACUCUCUCUCUCCUUUUAUUUCAACCAUAUAUAAGUCAAAUCCUAAAUUUUUUUACCCGAACCACAACAAAUAAAAAAAGAACAAAAAAAGGGGGAAAAAAAAAAAAAAAAGAUGUCACUGCGUAGACGAACAUUGCUCAAGGUAAUCGUCCUUGGCGAUAGCGGGGUUGGGAAAACUUCAUUGAUGAAUCAGUAUCCUUUUGAAGUUAAUUUCUAGCUUGAUCUGAGCUAUUCUGCCUGCGGUUGCUUGCCUUUCUGUGACCUUUUGAUUUUUCCCUCGGUUUUGUUUGUGGGUUCCCCCGGUUAGAAAUCCUAUUUCUUGGAGUAAUCUGGCUGUUAUUGUACUCCAAAUAUGUUGGAGAGACUUAAAUGGGUGAAUUAUGGCCUUCUAUUAACUACAUUGCUAAAUCACUUUUCAUUCUUGAAUGGUUCUAAGUAAUGGCCGUACAGGGUUUGUGCAUUUUCCCACGAAGUUGGCGAUGAGGUUUAAAUAACUGAAGAGUAAUUUGAGUUUUAAUGAAAUUCACUGUAAAACCACUCCUUCCUCAGUUGUUCCUUUACUUAGAUGGUUUCUAAUAAAUGAUGAACCUUUUUGUUUGGAAUUAUGUUAAUGUGGGCCUUAAUAGCUUAACAUAUAUGUACACAAGAAAUUUAGUCAGCAGUAUAAAGCUACCAUUGGAGCCGAUUUUGUCACUAAGGAACUCCAGAUCGAUGAUCGGCUGGUUACUCUGCAAAUAUGGGAUACUGCAGGUCAGGAGAGAUUUCAGAGUCUUGGAGUGGCAUUUUACAGAGGGGCGGAUUGUUGUGUUUUGGUGUAUGAUGUAAACGUAAUGAGAUCAUUUGACGCCCUUGACAAUUGGCAUGAAGAGUUUCUCAGACAGGCCAACCCAGCUGAUCCAAAGAAUUUUCCGUUUAUAUUGCUUGGCAAUAAGAUCGAUAUUGAUGGUGGAAAUAGCCGAGUGGUUUCUGAGAAGAAAGCCAAGGAAUGGUGUGCCUCAAAAGGAAACAUUCCUUACUUCGAGACAUCAGCAAAGGAGGAUUACAAUGUCGAUGCUUCCUUCCUUUGUAUUGCUAAAACUGCUUUAGCCAACGAACAUGAGCAAGAUAUAUACUUCCAAAGUAUUCCUGAGGCUACACCAGAAAGCGAGCAAAGGGAUGGCUUAUCCUUUCGAGUGUCAGUAACUGCUCUGAGAAGUCUCUUCUUCGUUCUGGGUUGUUUCAUUACAGCCUCCGUUAUUUACACCAUCAUCACUGAUGGCCUCCCUUUCCGCAAAGAACUUCUUACCCCGUGGAUGGCAGCUACCUUAAUCGAUUUCUACAUUAACAUUCUGGCUAUUGCGGUUUGGGUGGUGUACAAGGAAUCCAAUUGGAUCAGUUCACUAGUUUGGAUCAUAUUGCUGAUAUGCUUGGGAAGCAUUGCCACCUGUUUCUAUAUUGUUUUGCAAUUGUUUAAGCUCUCGCCUCAGGAAUCCUCGCAAGAUCCAAUUUUCUAUGUUUUGUUACGGAAGAAAAAAGAAGGAACAGAAGAUAAAAAGAUAUUUUCUGUUGUAGUUGCAAGAGUUCUAUUUGGAGCUUUGGGUUGUUUGAUGCUCGGAACAUUGAUAUAUACUAUUGCUACUGAUGGUAAUCCAUUUCGCAAAGAUGUUUUGACUCCGUGGUUGUCAGCAACUCUUAUUGAUUUCUACACCAAUGUUGUGGCACUGUCGGUUUGGGUCUGUUAUAAGGAAUCAAGUUGGAUUGUUGCUACGAUUUGGGUACUUCUAUUAGUAUGCAUUGGCAGUGUGGCCACAUCAGCAACAGGUCCUAAAAGGCUUCUCAAUGACUCUGAUAGGGCAGGAAACGGGUAUGAGAGAACAUUUCAGAGACCUAGUGUCACAGUUAGAUAG